ACCAAGACCUUGGUCAGUGCCCUGGAGAAGGUGGGCGCGGCGGCCGACCGCAAGGUCCUCCUCAUCCUCGACAACUGGGACGAGUCCGUCGUCCGCGCGGGCCGCAACGUGGAGAAGCUCUCCAUCAACACCGCGGACAGGCUGCAGGUGUUCGACGUGCUCAACGCCGACGUCCUCGUGUUCGAGAAGGCUGCGAUCGCCAAGGUCAAGGAGCUCUACGCGCCCUCCGCCCCCGCCGCGUCCGACGCCUGA